AGGGUUGUCAGAAGAGCAAAGUAGGAAUGCUGACCCGAUGUACAGCACCGCUCAGUUUAAGUUUUCGGCCUUCUCUGUUUGGUCAUUGGCUGCUCACAUCAUUUUUCAUUUUAUUUCAGUUUGCUCGGGGCGAGCUACAGAAGUCAUGCAUGCGGACUGCAAUGAACAAGGUGAGCGAGAGCUGUCGGCUGGCGUGCCAGUGUAGACCCUACCCUCCUUUACCUCCCCCGCCUCCACCACCACCGCUCCCCAGGCUUAUCGUCCACCGCGAUUCACUUCUUCCUCUUGUGGAGUCCUGGUGGAAGGAGAUGGUGGUGCUGGGGACAGUGGGUUGUGCCUCAGUGGUAUUCCUUCUCCUGACAGCCGUCAUCGGCUAUAAAGCCAUAAAGAGGAAACCACUGCGAAAGGAGGAGAAUGGGACAAGGGAAUAUGCCAUGAGUUCCCGCAUCAUGAAGACGGUGGACACCAAUAACACUGGAGUGUAGGAGGCCUACAGACAGGAAGAGGAAGUGAUGCAAGCUGCUCCGCUUCAGAAACAGCCCCCUCCUCCCUGCAGUGUGGGGGGCAGGGGAACGGGGUGUUAUAAACUUAAUAAAUACACCUGUAAUUCAUGCUCUUGGGAAACAGAAAGGAGCGAUAGGAGUAAUGGAAAGAAAGUUAAUUUUGGAGAAAGUCAAAGCAGGCUUUCUCUGGCACCACCUUGUUGUGCAAGACUCCAGGUGUACCGUGGACAUGCUGACAGCAAGCAGCCCCGAGGAGGGAACUGUUGGCCCUUGUGACUUUGCUUGGAGUGUACAGGAACAAUAAAUCACAACAACAAGCAGUCGCUUGCACUUUUUGUUCCCCUCUCUCUUUAUUUCUCUGUCUCUCUCUCUCUCACAGUUGUUUUCUCUCCUCAUAUGCAGCUCCCUCCACCCAGUAAACUUAAAUUUUGAAAAUAAAGUUGUUUUAACUUUGCAGUAUGCAUAGCCAUGUUGUAAGGAGUUGACUGCUGUUGUCCUCUGUGCAAUCUCACAAGUAUAAUGAGUUGUGGUUAAACAACUGGAAGGGAGAAGGUUAGUCUUUCAGGUGUAGUCUGGCCAUGCGCUUAAUUUAUUUUAUUUUAUUUAUUUGUAUUGUUCCGUUUAUUAUUUAAUUUUUAUAGUUUUAUUUUUUGGAGUUGGACCAAAGGAGGAACUUGCAUGACCACAAUAUAUGGUACAUUCAUAUCACAUAUAUGACAACAUAUUGUCGGUUAGAGAACUGCAUUGUUGGUCAAAAAUCAUAGCCCCUAUGAUGGAGAUGUAAUGAAAUACCCUUAAUUGUAUUCAGGCAGUUACUAUUCAUUUCCAGUGCAUUUUGUUUCUCUUAAAAUGGAGAUGGUGAGAAAGCCUGAGAGUUUCCAUCUGAUUCAUUGUAUUUGAAUGUUUAAUCUUAAUAAGGUGUUGGUUUAUAACACCUGUGACAGCCUCAGUUAUCUCUUAUCUCUUACCACACAUAAAUGAAGAAACAGCACUUAAAUAUUAAAACUGAUAAAGUAAUGAAUUACUGUAAUUAAAGGUCCUGUUCCCUGCAGUUGAUGCAUGUGCGAUAGAACAUUCUGGCUUUGUUUUCAGUAAAUUAUAUGAGAUCAAUGUGCCAUCGGUGGCAAAUACAGUAAUGCAAUUCUUUUUUUAUAAUUAAUAAAACAAAUUCUGGACAUGAGUAGAGGUUUGGCUGGAGAGAAAUGUAAUGUCCUGCAUUGUAUCUUCAACAAUUGGGAUAUAUUGUACUGAUUUUUAUUUGGAAAACAUGCCAUCCCUGUUCAUUGGCUAGGGCAAAAUGACUCUCGUGACUGCAUAUUCUCCUCAGACUAAUAUUUACUAUCAUCCAAGAUGCCCCCUUUUGCCUUUACAUAAAGAGGGGACUUUUGUGACAGGCUUGUCAACAGUAUAUGGUUAGCUGAAAUAACAAGCAUAGACCUUGCAUUGUGCCAUUCAACUUACAGAUACAGAUAGAUAGAUGCCUGCCAAGUAACCUAUCAUACAUCUGUAAUAUAAUGUACAAAGGAUUAAACUAAAAAUGUACAAAUAAUGCAUGAAUGUCAAUACUAAUACUAGAUAUCUGCCUUCUUUAUCAUCUACUACAUGUACAGAAUAAAGAAAUAUCUUUAUAGGGAAAUAUAUUUAAAAGGCUAUUAAUCAGCUAUGAAUAAAUGUUGUCAUGUGUCUGGAAGAAGCCAUUCAUGUAUAUUGGGUAAUUAGAGGUUGUUGCAUAAUGUAUGCAUUACAUUAGCAACAUUACUCAGUGAGCGCUUUAUUAGGUAUUUAUUUAGACUUAUUUUUUAGACUUAUUGGUCUUCUGCUGCUGUAGCCUAUCCACUUUGAGGUUUGAUGUGUUGUGUGUUCAGAGAUGCUCUUCUGCGCACCACUGUUGUAAUGUGUGAUUUGCGAUAUUGUCCCCUUCCUGUCAGUUUCAACCAGUCUGGCCCUUCUCCUCUGACCACUCUCAUUACCAAUGUGUUUUUGCCCACAUAACUUCUGCUCACUGUUUUUUUCACGCCAUUCUCUGCAAACUGUAGAGACUGUUGUGUGUGAGAAUCCCAGGAGUUCAGCAGUUUCUCAAACCACCCUGUCUGACACCAACAAACCUUCCAUGGUCAAAGUCACUGAGACAACAUCUCUUCCCCAUUCUGACAUUUGGUAAUGAAAAACAGCUGAACCUCUUGACCAUGUCUCCAUACUUUUAUGCAUUUAGUUGCUGCCACAUGAUUAGCUGAUUCAAUAUUUGAAUUAAUAAGCUGGUGUACAGGUCUACCUAAUAAAGUGGUCACUGAGUGUAUAUUGUGCACUGUAAACAUUUAAU